GAUUUUUUUUAGAGGUUAUGUUUGAAGUGUAGCAGUGACAAGUCUACAUCUGGCUGGAUCAGCUGAUUGAAAUUUGGUGCUUACGUAUCACAUAUACAGAGAAGUAACGUAAGAUAAAUAAUUUACGUAGUCAAUGGAUCCUAAGACUCAUGCAGAAUAUAUUCGACAAAUAAUAGUCAAGGACCUUCUCGAAAUCAACGCUAUAAUUCAAGAUAUACAACAAUGCAACGGACCACUGGAGAUGCUAGAUCUGCUGAAUGCAAAGGGUAGACUCAGAAUAGCAUCGUUAAAAGAAGCUAUAGACAACUUAGAACUUCAAGCUGUGAAAAAUGUAACAAAUAAGGAAGAAAAAAGUAAGCUUCUGUCCGAUGUGAGCAGUUAUAAAGAACAAUUAAACACUACUUUAGCAGCUUUUCGCAAGGCCAAUGUUGUCAGUGCCUGCGUUAUUGAUAAAUUGGCGAGGGAGAAUCUCUUUUCGAUGCCGGAGGAGCAACAAAAUGCUCUUCGUAGACGGCAUGACAAACAGGGUUUGGCGAACUCAUCUGGCCAGAUAACAGACAAACUGUUAAGCAUUUCGAGGCAUUUGGCUGAAACAACUCAAAGAAGUGCUGACACUUUGGACACCCUACUAACAUCUUCGGACAAAGUUGGCGACACUAAGGAUGAGUUGGAGCAUCAACAACAGGUCAUAUUACAAUCUGGAAAACUGUUAGGAAAAUACGGCAGACGCGAGGUCACCGAUAAAGCAUUGCUCAUAUUAGCCUUCGCCUUUUUCCUAGCUUGCGUAUUUUAUGUUCUACAAAAAAGGUUAUUCUGAGUGGAUAAUUAUGGGACUAAGGUAUUUCGGGAUAUUCUAAUGUGAGCACAGGAAUUCUUAUUUAUACGAAAUAAUGUGAUAUGUACUAGUAACGAGUGAGAGGGAAACAAAGGUGGGUUUUUGUAAAUAUUUUAAUAACUUUACACAUGGAUAAGUCACUCGUUAAUAUUUUAAAAUCGUUUUCAUUCCGUCACCAAAUCUUAUCAAAUAAAAAUAACUGGUUGUAUAUAAUAGUGUCCUGUAAAAAAUAGAAUUUAUGAAGUUUUCCAAUAUAUACAUACGCUUCUACGUUCGUGUUAUCGAAAUAGAUUUUAUUGCAUUAUACUGAGUUUUAACACUAAAAAGACUGAUUGCAAUGCAUCUAUAAAUCGUAAAUCAUAUAUAAAUUUUGAAUGGAUAUUGAUGUCGAUAUUAAUAAACAUUGAAUCUAGCAAAUGA